AGAGAAGGAGGAGGAUUUUCAGAGUACAGAAAUACAGGAGGAAGCUGGAGAUCAGAGCUCAGUGUGUCUGGGGGAGCGAGAGGUCUGCACUGCUCAUGAUCUCCUAGCAGGACACAACACACUUCUCUGACUGCCGCAGGGCCCGACAAUCCACAGUCAGGAUGGCUCGGGACAUGUCAGAUAAAGAAAUCCUGAAGAUGGAGCUGGACCAGCUGAAGGUGGAAGUGAACACUGCUCGUACCGCGGUUUCAGCAACAGCCCCAGAAAUCAUUGCAUUUGUGGAGGGUUUAUCUGCCGAAGAUCCUCUGGUUAAAGGUGUGCCAGAGGACAAGAACCCAUUCAAGGAGAAGGGAGGCUGCAUUAUUACGUAGCGUCGGCCCUGGAGGAACCAGGGCUCUCUGUUCAAUCAACGCUUUUUGUAUAAAGUUUGCCGGUCCUAGAAAUGCUUUUGAUUUACUGUAGUUUAAAAUAAAAUAUAAAAGAUGUCCAGAAAUGUGAACCCUCAUGUCAUUUAAUACCUCUUUGUGAUAUGAUGCUGUCGGUCUGUUUUUGAAAUAAACACAUUAGCAAUCUGAGCAAA